CGCAGAUUGCAACACGGCGACGAUGACGCCCAAGGAGUUCCUUACGAGCUUUUGGAUCGAGUCGGGCGGAGAGUACACGUGCCUUCGCAUGCGCCAGGGGCGUGUGUGCAUGUGGCCAUUUCAUCGCGCGCGCCUUGCACUGGACGCAUCCCAAGGCGACGCGCUGCCCGGCGAGAUUGCUCGCGCCGCCACAGACGCCUUUGGCGCAGCUGCCAGCACCAAGGACCUCAUGAUCACCAUCGUGAACGUCAAUGGGCGUCAUCACAUCCACGUGUGUGCCAUGCCAGGCUUGAGCUUCGUGGACGAUGCAAACAAUGGAGUGCCCCAAGUCACUGCCGUUGACGUGCUCGUGUUGGGGCCUGCCCGGCAAAACCCGCGCGUCAAGCACAUCAGCUGGAUUGACGAGCGCAAGUACCUCGAGGCCGCGGCCGCAGAGAAGGCAGCGGAGCUAGGCCUUGGUAGCUUUGGCGAAGUGCUCUUGAGUCAACGGGAUGCUACGAGUGAUUCCCACCGGCUCCUCGAAGGCCUCAUCACCAACUUCUUUGUUUUGCAAAACGGCCGACUCUGCACCGCGGGCGAUGACGUCUUGCUUGGCAGCACACGGGAGCUUGUGCUUCGAGCGUGCGAGCGCCUUCGCAUUCCGGUCGUGCACGAGCCCCCUGUUCUGGAAGAGAGCGCGACGUGGGAAGCCGCCUUUGUCACGAGUGUCGUGCGCAUAAUCGUGCCCGUGAAGACGCUCCGCCGCCACGACGCUGGCACGUGGCACACGCAUGCCAUUAGCACAGCUCCUGACCGGCUGCACCAGCUGCGCUCGACCAUCUACGAGCUCUGCGAUGCCGAGGCCCGCGCGAGUUUCGAGCUGUAGCUGAUGCUGCAACUACUAGUUCGUUCUACCAUGUGCUGCAUGUCAUCGUACGCUUGAAGUAC